AGAUGCGACCUGUAUUGUGUUGUUGUACACACGGAAGCCUUUUAGAUCCGAUUCCGCAUUGAUAUGAUAAUGGGAGAAAGGAUCCCCCCUCAUGUCCUGCAACCUUCGUUUAUUGCCAGUUUAGCCUGCUAGCUCGCUCCAGUCCCGUCCGCAGCUGUACAAAACACACGGUCAAAAUGGUGUUCUUGUUAAAUCCUUUGGAGAACCUAAAGACUUACAUAAGUAACCGGCCACCGCUGGUCAUAUUCAUGGUCAGCGUGAGUGCCGUCGCCAUCACGUUCCUCACAAUUGGAUAUUUCUUCAAGAUCAAGGAGAUUAAAUCACCUGAAAUGACGGAGGACUGGAACACGUUCCUGCUUCGAUUCAACGAGCUAGACUUCUGCAUCUCGGAGAACGAGACGCUCAAGCACGGCCUGAACGAGUCCACCACGCCGGAGAGCUUGGUAACAAGCAGCCAGUCACGCACCAGCACCCAGGUCCCACUGCUGCUGGAGGACCCGGGCCCCAUCAACAUCUCCGUUCCCAUCACGCUCACUCUGGAUCCGCUGAGGCCGUUCGGAGGCUACUCGCGCAACAUCACUCAUCUGUACGCCACCGUAAUGGGCCAGCAACUCGGCCUGGCUGGCAGAGAGGCUCACGAAGAGAUGAACAUAACCUUUACUCUGCCCACAUCCUGGAACUCGGACGACUGCGUGCUGCACGGACACUGCGAGCAGGUGGGCUUCACGACCUGCAUGACCAUCACCACGGCCAGUAACGUCUUCCCUGUCACAGUGCAGCCGCCCCACUGCAUCCCAGAGACGUACAGCAACGCAACAUCCUGGUACAAGAUCUUCACCACGGCACGAGACUCAGACACCAAAUAUUCCCAGGAUUACAACCCGUUCUGGUGUUAUAAAGGCGCCAUUGGGAAGGUGUACCACACUCUCAACCCCAAACUCACCGUUAUCGUUCCAGAAGACGACCGCUCACUCAUCAACCUGCACCUGAUGCACACCAGCUACUUUCUCUUCGUGAUGGUGAUUACAAUGUUCUGCUACGCGGUCAUUAAAGGCAGACCUGGCAAAGUCAGACAAAGCAACCCGGAUUUCUGUCCGGAAAAGGUGGCCCUGUCGGAGAGCUAAGCACGGACGAAUACGUACGGACUGGACUAUAUCGGCGGCAGACGGGGGAGAUCCGGAACGAACUCCAUCAGAAGUAGAAGAAAGGAAAUGAAGUACCUUUUGCCUACUGAACUCGGAACGGGUGCAAACGAACUUAUCUGCAAUGUUGGGUCAAUCCAACCAAAGACUUUUCAAGUGCCUGUAUCUACUGUGUAAAUGCUCGUAGGACCCUUAAUUCAGAAUCAAUACCGAAUCACUCUGCCUAAACUUCCCCGCACAUCCGAGUCCUCCAGGGGCUGUUUGUAUGAAAAGAGAAUGACGAAGGAAUGGAUCAUCCGGGAUCACAUUGUUCGUUUGGGGGAUCUGGGGGUUUUUUGGGUGGUGGCAUGAAAAAAAAUCCCACCUGCUGAUGGUGAACGAGAUUGACUUUCCUUAGCGAGGACUGAUUGCGUUUUGCCUUCCCGUUGCUUGUGUCUUAUUGUUUCUUUCUCCUGAAGUUGGCCCCUGAAUUAAAAUGGAUGAGCUCAUCAAGUCUGAAUCGUAUCUCAUAAUUAAUAUUUAAUAAGACACGACUGCUGAUGCGCAGGAUGGCGAUUCAUUCCAGAUUUUGGAUUCCCCAGUCCUAUUACCACUAAUUAUGAGAUGCCAUCUAGACAUCACCAGAUAACCAGGCCAUGUCUUUAUCCUACAAAGCAAGUGGUAAAGACAUUAAAAAACAAAGACUAAAAAGAUGACUGAUAAUAUGAGGCUUAAAUUCUACCUGUUCCACUGAUAAGUACCUUUUUUUAUUUUGGAUUUCCUUUGGUCUGCAUUUUCACUUUACCAAUGUCAAUUUACUGAAUGUAAUUCGAAAGCCUACAGCAGAAUUAACCUGUCACACACGUCACAGCGUUCACACAGAAAUCACCUGUAUACUUACGAUUAUAUUCAUAUUUAAAAUGUGAUGUAAAAAAUUACUGUAAUUCACUUUUAUCAUGUGUAAUAUAUUACCUCAAAUCUUAUUUCUUUAUUUUAUUGGCAUUAAAUCACGUAGGCAAAAUUUUAUUACACUUUCGUUGGUACAGAAA